GCAUUUCAAGCCCAUCACAAGUCAGAUUGCGCUACGGAAGAUUGACUGGUCCUCUCAAUCAUGACCUGUCAACUUUUCACUGUCUGUAGGCGCCUGGUUUGACUUUCAUAUUGAUACGGCAUAUCACCUUUAUAAAUUAUUCACGCUUCACCUAUCUGUUGCGAGGGCUCAUCAUUGGGAAACAAUUCUGCUGCAAAGACAACAUAUAUUCUCUCAACUCGUCGAGGAUAGCCUAAUUCCCGUCUCCAAACUACCAUCGCAUUAUACUGCAGAUCGAAUCAUUCGAUCUAGUAAUGCAGAUACUCUAAAAUGGAGAUAGGUGGUACCACGCUCAGCAAGGGUCGUUGUUGACAUGAAAUAUUUUCAAUUGCAUGCACGAGACUGAAUUCCACGCGCCGGUCUAUCCCCGGACUUUGCGAUCGAAUGAGUUGAGGACGGGUUUAGCACCCAUCUUUUUCACCCUUGUAUAUUUCCUUUUGGAGAAGGUGUUGCUUCGACACUUAGGGGGGAAUAAUCAACACGUUCUUCAACAUCACCGACCACCUAGUCUGAUUCAACAACAUAAGCCGCCAGAAUCUCCACACCAAAAGUCAACAAAUAUUCCAGCUGGUGCAUACUCGGCACCAACAGGGCUAAACGGAGUACCUUUACCGCAUCAUCCUUCCUACCACGGUACAACGCAGGACCAAGGUUACUACGCUUCACAUUCGAAUCCUUAUCCGGCUACGACUACUCCAACUCAAUAUCCCUCUAGUGGGCCUCCAGAUCUAAUGGCUGCAGCCGCCCACAUGCAGAGGCCAUAUCCUCCUAUCUAUCAUACGCCCCAAUCAAAUUCUCCAGCUUCGGUACCAUCACCUCAAACUCAUGAUCAGCAUGGACGAAGUCUUUAUGCGCAAUCUCCCCAAAUGGCACCUCAGAUGUACGGCUAUCAACCAUACUCUCCGAUGAAUUCAGUUCAUCCCGCUUAUGCACAGCACCAUCCCCCGCCUCAACAACCCUUAACGACACAGCCGUUAAUGAUGCCUCCGCAGAGUGCUCCUAUUCCACAUUCAACAGCACAACCGCACCAGUCCCCCAUGAAUAGCGCGGCAAUUAGCAAUAGUCCUCGAACCAAUGUAGAGACUAUUCCGCAGCGUACGCCUAUCCAAACUCAGCGACCACAAAUGCCUAACCCGAGUCUUACUUCCCCGAACACACCGGUUCCGCCUCUGUCGGCGAGUAGUGCACAAGCUAACCAGACACCUAACCCAAACUCUACUAAUGCUGCACCUGGGCCAAUCCCAGCAACAACUCCAUUGGUCGUACGGCAGGAUAGUAAUGGUGUACAGUGGAUUGCAUUCGAAUACUCUCGAGACCGCGUGAAAAUGGAAUAUACAAUUCGUUGUGAUGUCGAGUCCGUUAAUGUGGAGAGUUUGUCGCAAGAAUUCAAAACCGAGAAUUGUGUUUACCCCCGGGCUUGCUGCAGCAAAGAUCAAUACCGAGGAAAUCGACUAGUCUAUGAAACCGAAUGCAAUGCGGUCGGCUGGGCACUAGCAGAACUUAACCCUCCACUACGAGGAAAAAGAGGCUUGAUACAACGAGCAGUAGAUAGUUGGCGAAAUAGUAACCAGGACCCUCGAUUACGCAGCCGGAGGGUUCGACGAAUGGCGAAGAUAAACCGGCGUCAGGGAGCUCAGCCAAACCCUAUUCCGUCCCCUUCAACCCCCUUACCACACCUUCUUUCCGGCAACAGUACAACUCUGGCACCAAGCGCUCGUCCAAGUGGCCCGAUGCCUCUGGCUUCGCCUUUACACCAUGCUCACACUGACAAUCCUGCUGGAAAUGAUCAAGUUAGCGGCGGCACUGAUUUUACGAACGGUGUUCAUCGCCCUUCAAUUGCUCUACCCAGCGCGACUCCUUCGACCCGCAACAUCCAUGAGACCCCAGAUUUGCGUUCCGGACAUGUUUUUCAUGGACUUCCGACAUACCCUGCAGCUGCUCACAGUGCUGGCGCCCCCAGUGCUCCAGCGAUGGCUCCGCCUCUACAAGCUGGUGGAGGUUUCGACACUCUCGGUCGACCUUCUGUUGCUACUGCUUCUAGAAGAGGAGAUACUACAGAGCAUGAAGAUGACGAAAUGCACGAUCCAGACAAUGAGGACGUUUUCGGCAGUCUUCCAGAGGGUAAGCGUCGCAAGUUUAUUCUUGUCGAUGACCCUCAGCGCAACUGUCGUGUUCGGGUCAAAGUCAUGUUAGAUCAAGUCGAUGUCAAUGAAAUUCCCGAUUCCUACCGUUUAUCGAGUGCGGUUUAUCCUCGGGCUUAUUUCCCCGUACAAAUGAAAAGCCCACCAGGCCGUGUUGUUCCUGGCAAGCGCUAUGCAGACGAUGAGAGCGACGAAGAUACCGCCGGAUCUGUAACAAUGGGGCGGACACUGGUUCCAACCCCUACAAUCGAUGGUGAAUCAGACGAUGCGGUGCCACGACUUACCCGAACCCGGCAUCAUAAAGAUAAAGUUUUGAAUGAUCUUGGGUAUCGCAUGAGCUGGAGUCAAAGCAGGGUAUUUGCGGGUCGACAAAGGUUCCUGCAACGAUCCCUGGACGCAUACCGUAAUAAGAUGCGCACGACAAUGCUUAGCGCAGGACAAGAAUCAGAAUCAAUUGCGUCGCACUUUGAGACUCGACCAGGGAAACGUAAGUGGCGGGGACGUAGUCGAAAGAAUGAUACUAGUUCUAGGUCCGCAGACGUUAUCCCUUCUACUUCUCGACAUGAGGCAGAUGAAGUCGAGGGCUAGCGAUUGUUAAUUUACCUGCAAGAUACGACAAUGGGUACGAUGCAGGGUAGGGUUUACAUCUGUUUUGAAAGCUUUCUUCCCUCUGCCCUGAGUGAUUUCAUUUCUUCUUUACACCCUUUCAAAUCCUUUCAAUAUCUGUAUACGUUUUCUAUCUGUCCUUACCGAACCAUGACCAUUUUAGGACAUGGUGUUUUUUGUACUCUGUAAAAUAUCCAGUCCCUAUCGACACCGAUAUACCCAUUGCU